GACAUAAAUUAUUCCCCACGGCCCCUGGAUUGGGACUCCAGAAGGUUCCCACCUCCGCCUCCAUAUCUUCUUCUUGGUCCUCCGCCUCCACCACUUCGCGUGCUCUUACGUUUCCGUGUUGAGAGAGAGACAGAGAGGACACGCGAGAGGCUGCCGUGUGGGGGCCGGAGAGUCAGCGACAGCGAGGGGGAGAGAAGGCGAUGGCGGGGAUCGGGCCGAUCAGGCAGGACUGGGAGCCGGUGGUGGUGCGGAAGAAGGCGCCCACCGCCGCCGCCAAGAAGGAUGAGAAGGCCGUCAACGCCGCGCGCCGCUCCGGCGCCGAGAUCGAGACCAUGAAGAAGUACAACGCUGGGACGAACAAGGCCGCGUCCAGCGGCACAUCGCUCAACACCAAGCGACUCGAUGACGACACUGAGAAUCUAGCCCAUGAGCGUGUCCCAAGUGACCUGAAGAAAAACCUCAUGCAAGCAAGGCUGGAUAAGAAGAUGACCCAGGCACAGCUUGCUCAGAUGAUCAAUGAGAAGCCACAGGUGAUCCAGGAGUAUGAGUCGGGCAAGGCGAUCCCUAACCAGCAGAUUAUUAGCAAGCUUGAGAGGGCACUGGGAACAAAGCUGCGCGGGAAGAAAUAACUUUAAAACUUGUGCCCCGGAGCAGCAUGAAGCUGAAGAAGACAAGGCAGUCUGUCUGCUUGUUAUCUAUGCUUGGUUUUUAAUGUCAUGCAGACUGUUUCUGUGUUUAGUACAUGAGUGAAUAACAGUGUCGUGGUGGACCUUGUAAUGCCUUGCUGCUUUUAUGUGUCAUAUGACUCCUGGUCUGUGGGCUCCUGCGGAUAUGCUUGUAGGAAUGUUUUUCUCUCUCGAAAUCUCCGUUAUUUAUCCACCAGGAAAUAUUUA